AUGAACGGCCACACCGACCCGCUCCCGCUCGACAGCCGCGCCUUCCUCGUCCUCCACGCGUCCGUCACCGGUACCGCCAUCGACACGGCCGAGCGCAUCGGCCGCAGGGGCAGGCGCGAGGGCUGGAACGUCACCGUCAAGAGCGUCGCCCAGUUCAAUCAGGCAGAGCUCCUCGAACACGGCCUCGUCGUCUUUGUCGUCCCGACCACGGGCAACGGCGCAGCACCGCCCCAGUUCCUCCCGCUGUGGACCGCCCUCCUCCACCCAGCCCUCCCGCCCGACUUUCUCGAGGACCUGCGGUACGCCGUGUUCGGGCUGGGCGACUCGAGCUACGGCAAGUACAACUGGGUCGGCAAGAAGCUCUCGCGACGCCUCGACUCGCUCGGCGCACACGCCGUCGUCGAGCGAGGCGAGGGCGACGACCAGAACGAGUGGGGCGUCGAGUCGACCUUUCCCGACUGGCUCGACCGCUUCUUCACCGCCAUCGACCCGCUCUUUGCCCCGCCACCGGGAUUCACCAAGCUCCCUCUCACGGCAACCCCUCCUCCCCGAGCCCGCCUCGACAAGGUCGCCUCGCCCUCCUCGUCCACGGCCACGCCGCCAACCGCCGACUCGGCGCCUCUCCUGUGGACCGACGACGCACGGUGGGCGCGACUUGUGCGCAACGACCGUGUGACGCGCGAGGACUGGUACCAGGACGUGCGCGAGGUCGAGCUCGAGGUCGAGGGAGUCGAGCCGAGUGAGCGCAACCGCCUGUACACCGCAGGAGACGUGCUCGAGAUCCGGCCGCAGAACUCGCCGGCCGAGGUCGAGCGGUUCCUCACCUCGGCUGGGUGGACCGACUUGGCCGACGACGUCGUCCUCGUCUCGCCCACCGAUCCUGCCCAGCCCCUACCUCCUCACCUCCCGACCCCGUUCCGCACCUCCUUGCGCUCGCUCCUCACGCACGAGCUCGACAUCUCGUGCGUCCCACGCCUGUCGUUCUUCGAGUGGCUCGCCGCGUUCAGCGAGGGCGACAUGGAGGAGAAGCUGAGGUGGUUCUGCGAGCCGGCGGGCCAGGACGACCUCAUCGACUACACGCUGCGCCCUCGACGCACCAUCAACGAGGUCAUGUACGAGUUUCGGGCGGCCAAAGUCCCGCCCGAGUACGUGUUCGACCUCUUGCCGCCAAUCCGGCCGCGAGGGUUCUCGAUCUCGUCCUCGCCUGCGAGCCACGACGGCAAGGUCGACCUCCUCGUCGCCGUCGUGCAGUACAAGACGAUCCUGUCGGUGCCGCGUCAAGGCCUUACAACGACCUACCUCUCGAAUUUACUCGUUGGUUCGCGCCUCCCGAUCCGGUUCGACCCGUCGGGCCAGCUCAAGCUCCCAGCCGGCACGCCGCCGCUCAUCAUGGUCGGCCCGGGUACGGGCGUCGCGCCGUUCAGGGCGCUCAUGGAGGAGCGCGUGCGGGCCGGCGCGAGGGAGAACCUCUUGUUCUUCGGCUGCAGGUCUGAGACGGCCGACUGCUACUUCCGCUCGUACUGGGACGACCUCGUCGAGCGGGGUUGGCUCACGCUCAGCGUUGCGCCGUCCCGAGACCAGGACGACAAGGUGUACGUGCAGCACAAGAUUCCCGAGCACGCGGCCCGAGUGUGGGACUAUGUGCAACGCGGCGGGCACCUCUACCUCUGCGGCUCGUCGACGCAGAUGCCCAAGGCGGUCAGGAAGGCCGUCCUCACCGUGUUCCGGGACCAAGGCGGGCUCGAUGACGAGGGUGCCGAGCGGGCGUGGGACACGAUGGAGCGCGAGGGGAGGCUGGUCGAGGAGACUUGGGGGUAG